CUCUCACCAUAGCGAAUUCGUUUUCCUGGCUUUAGGAAUCAUAAAGUUGGCCAAAGGUAACAACUGUUUGGACGUGGAUUCUGUUCACAGCGACAAAUAUAUGGAACACGAAGUGUUUAGAAAGUUCAGAAGUGAAUCUAUCUACACCUGUGCAUCAGCAUGUCUCGUGUCCUCAGCAUGUCUGUCCUUUGGAUUUGACAUGAAAACGCGCACCUGCCUACUGAACAGAAACAGUAGUGAUACUGCUAACGUUGUUGACAGAAAGGGAUUCCUCUUCAGUGAUAUUCAACAUUGGCCAAAGUCUCUCUCCGGACGGUGCGCUCAAAAGACAUGUCCCAACAACGACCGAUGUGAAGUAACACGACUGGGUCUUGCAAGGUGUGCUCCAGAGUUCCAAGGAUGUGGUCCUCCCCCGGAAGUGAGAGACGCCAGCACCAUGUAUGAUGGUCACUACCAGGGAGCUGUGGCGACCUACUCCAGGUACACCUGCGACCCUGACUACAGAGCCUGCUACAACAAUGUCACCAGCACCUGUCAGUCAUCUGGAGCGUGGGAGAGUUUAGCCGAUCUUUGUGGACAGUUCAGGUGGCACGAUCCUCAGAUAAAUGACAGGUAUUCAUUUCCGUGUGGUCCUUCAAGCAACUUCAAGCUGAAGAUCAGCGUGACACCGUCUAGAGAUACAAGGUGAUCAAUACUUACCUUUUCUACAAUUUUGAAAAACCUUGUUAUGAGCAGGGCAAAGUAAUUUCUUUUCUUGCUAUUAACUUUUGUACAAUUGUAGUUAUUUGUUGAACUUGUACAGAUUCAGCUUCAUAAGGAUAUUUUAAAUUUUGAUCUUUUCUCCUGACCAUGCUUUCAAAAUACUUAACUGCUUCUUUGAAACCAGUUUCUAUUUGUAUCAUAGUGACAAUAUUUGGAUAUCAUUAUUGCAGAACUGGCUGCCUUUCCUGACACUGUAUUCUGUUGAGUACAUAUAUAGGAGAGCUACAGUUACGUGGCUCUCUUUCUGAAAACAUAUGAUAUGGAUUUUCUGAUACAGUCUCACUUACCCGGACACUUGGUUUACUCAAGUGUUGCCCAGGGAACCAAAUAUCCGCAUAUAUGUAUCCCUUGCCAACUGAUGUUCUUUUGCUUUUCUGUGCAUGAGCAGAUUUUUUUUAAAUGUUAAGACCGUUAUGUAGUUCCACCAUUGCAAAAUUAUCAACACAUUCAUUUCUUUCUAUCUUUUAUCAAAGAUUUGGUAUUGCGCUACAGAAACAAGCAGAUGUUAUAUUCUACUCAGAAUUUCGCCUAUAUCAUUUGGGGUUCCGUGGAAGGGUUGUUAUCAACACGGAAAUAGAUACAAAAUGGGGCUCGGAGGUGCUUGCUGAUCUAACAAUGGCUGUUGGACAAAACUACGAUGUUGAAAUAACCCUUCAAGAUUGUAUAUACAGGGUAUGUAUGACAAACUGAGAAGAAUAGAGGUAAAAUAAAGGUAUUUCGGAAACGUUAUCUUUAGGUAUAUGCCGUGGAAUCUAUAUGCACUUAUGGUAAAGGAUUUCUGGUUCGUUGAUUACUUAUGUGGUUUG